UACAAGCAAGCGUCAGCACGACUUCGAAUGCGACUGAAAAAGUGAACUAGGAAAUUUAUUUUCACGACAUUUGUUCCACAAGUUUUCUUUUAAGCAGCAGAUUAUAUAUAUAUAUAUCAAUUGGAUAUUUUGUUAUUUAUUACAAGAAAUAAAUUUUUCACGCAAGUAUUUUCUCUACAAUGUCUGUUCAGUAUAAAACUAAAAGCUCGAUAUCCGAAUCCGAUCCAUUAUUAGCAAAUCAGUCAUUAGAAGGAGGACUUCAGAGUAGUCUCACCACAGAUCAGUACGGAACAAAAGAUGUGCCAACAAAUACACCCAAAGUUAUAAAAGGAAGUAGCUGGUACGGAGCUUCUCUUCUCCUCGUGAAUGCGGCUCUGGGUGCCGGACUACUUAAUUUCCCAGAAGUGUUUGGUCGCGCAGGGGGUAUUGUUGUCGCCACUUGUGUGCAAGCAGUAUUGUUAGCGUUUAUGUUAACAUCUUUAUUGGCCUUGGCCUACUGUUCAGAUGUGAUUGGAAGUUGUACUUACCAAGAAGUUAUCCGAAGUAUUUGUGGGGAGAGAACACGAAGAGUGUGUGCUGUCUGUAUCGUCUUUUAUACGUUUGGAUCCUCAGUAACGUAUCUAAUCGUUAUAGGAGAUCAGUUUGACACGGUGCUCCGAUCACUGUAUGGAAUGGACGUUUGUAACAACUGGUACAUGAGAAGGGAGCUAACAACAAUCGUCAGCGCCAUCUGCAUCAUUUUGCCACUUAGCUUCCCUAAAAGAAUAAACUUCCUCCAGUACGCCAGUUCAUUCGGAGUUGUCGCGCUGUUGUAUGUGGUUUUUCUUAUUAUAUACGAGUACUUCGCUGGAAAUUACACCCCUGGCCCAGUGAAGACAAGUCCUACGGUCUGGACUGAUAUAUUUUUAGUGAUACCCACUAUCUGCUUUGGUUACGAGUGCCAUGUUAGCAGCGUCCCGAUAUACUCGUGUUUAGCUGACAGGAGGGUAGUCAAUUUUCUCCGAACCGUUCUUGUGGCCAUCGCUUUGUGUGCGUUUACUUAUUCUGUGGCUGCAGCGGCAGGAUACUUGACCUUUGGUUCUUACGCAACUAGUGACAUCUUAGAGUCAUAUGAUGCCAAAGAUACAGUAGUUAUGGUGGGAACUGCAGCUUUAGGGGCGAAAAUGUUUACAAAUUACCCUAUGGUGAUGUUUUGCGGAAGAACGGCUAUAGACGACCUUUACAUUGAAACAAGAGGCAUUUCAAGAGACGAAGCAGUGAAAGAUGAACGAUGUAGGAGAAUUAUAAUCGUCAUAAUCUGGUUUAGCAGUUCAUUAACUUUAGCUCUAGUAAUCCCUAACAUCGGGAUUCUGAUCGAAUUCGUAGGGAGCCUAGCAGCAAUUUUCAUCUUUGUUUUCCCUGGAUUGUGCCUUUUAAAGGUAACACUAAAGAAGAACCCAGAUCUUGCUGGUUUCAAGGACAAGUUUCUAGUAUUAUGGUCAACAUUUUUUCUGACCAUUGGAACAUUUAUAUUCUUCUUGGUGUUAACACAGGCUUUGAUUAAAGACAUCUCUGGCAAGUCUAUAGCAGGGAAACCCAACCCGUGUCGAUAGUAAUUUUGCCGAAUUAUACAACGUGUUUGUUUUGAAGUUCAUCGUCACUUGUUGGCAAAUUUAGUGUUACACAUUUAUUUCUAAAUUUUUUAUGACUUGGUGAAACCUAAUUAACAUUAACAGUCCACUGGCUAUAGAAAAAAGAUCACCAAAGUAAAAAAGUUGAACUGUU